AUAAAUGUAGCAUGUGUGUUACAUAAUAUUAAUCGUGUCAAAGUGAAUGAUAAAUAUUUUCUUAGGGAUUUGAGAAUCCUAUUCAUAAUUUCUGUUAUGUUUCAUUGAAAGAAGACUGGAAAAAUUUUCCAACGCACCGAAGAGAAUAAUUGAUUUUUGAUCUAUUUAGUUUAUUUAAAAAUAUUAAAAUCUGCGUAAUAAAAUGUCAAAAAAGAAUUUAAUCAAUUCGGUAUCAACAGCAGUUGAUGAAUCAUUAACAGGAUUUUUUUUGACAUACCCGUGCCUUGAAUUACAUUUGAAGAAACGAGUUGUUUUAGCACCUCAUUUUUUCUAGUGGUCAGAUUCAAAUGAAAAAGUGACAAUAAUUUGCGGUGGUGGCAGUGGUCACGAACCUUUCGCAACUGGAUUUGUCGGCUCUGGUAUGUUGAAUGCUGCGAUUGCUGGAUCAAUUUUCGCCUCACCUCCGCCGAGUCAUAUUUUACAUGCCUUAAAAUGUGUAUCAAUAAAUAAUAAUGCUGGUACUUUGGUCAUUAUACCGAAUUACACGGGCGAUUGUUUAAACUUUGGAAUAGCCAUUGAAAAGGCUAAAGUUCUGGGAAUAAAAGUAAAUGAAAUAAUUGUAGAGGACGAUUGCUCAAUACCAGAAAAUGAAUUGGGACGUGCUGGACGACGAGCAGUUUGUGGUAUUUUGUUUAUAAUGAAAAUUGCAGGCGCUCUCGCCCAAAGGGGUCAUAAUUUGGAGGAAGUAACGAAAUUCGCAAAAUUAGUCUUAAAAAAUAUAGCAACUUACGGCGUUGGUCUCACAGCUUGUUCACUACCAGGUAAAGGAUUAAUGUUCGAGAUACCAGAAGAUGAAAUAGAAUACGGACUGGGAGUCCACGGGGAAGCGGGAUACGAGAGAAAAAAAUUACAGACUACAAAUGUAAUUGUAUCGCAAAUUCUGAAGAAAUUAAUCGAAACUCUAUCUCUUCAAUACAACGAUUCAAUUGCAAUAAUUGUGAAUAAUUUCGGUGGAUUGAAUCAAUUAGAAACUGGAAUCGUCGUCAAAGAAGUAGUCACACAAUGUCAACUGCUUGGAAUAAAGCCCGUGCGAAUUUAUUCUGGAAUAUUAAUGUCAUCAUUGAAUAGUUCCGGUGUUCAUGUAUCAAUAUUGAAACUUCCCGCGAAUGAGGAAAAAGAAAUAAUUAAUUAUCUCGAUGAUCCAACCGAAGCACCGCAAUGGCCGGGAAAAUCGUAUACAAUUCCUUCUUCUAAAAGGGAAAAAUUUUCCGUCGAGGAGGAAAGAGUGACAUUCAAUAAAUUGGGGAAAAAAUUCAACAAACACGAAGAACGUUUAUUUAAAGAAUGCCUAUUAAAUGCAAGUAAAGCGAUAAUUGACAAGGAAAAUUAUAUCAAUAAUCUCGAUAGUGGUUGUGGCGAUGGAGAUUGUGGUUCAACUUUGAAACUACUUGCCGAUGCUAUUGUGAUGUCAAUAGAAGAAUUUAGUCUAUCACAUCCAGCUUCGGUAUUCAUGAAACUUUCCUACAUUGCCGAAGAGAAAGUGGGUGGAACGUCGGGCGCUUUAUACAGUUUAAUGUUCACUUUGUCGGCAAAAGAAAUUGCAAAUUCUGAUAAUGAAAAUUGGCCCCAAUUGUGGCAUAAAGCUUGGAGAAUGGCAAUUAACGGAAUAAUGAAGCACAGCAAAGCCAGAAUGGGCGAUAAAACAAUGCUUGACGCUAUGAUAGCCGGUUGCUCCGAACUUGAAGCGAAUUUAUCUCUCCCCGUUAUUGAGACUGCAAAAAUAGUUGAAAAAGCAGUGAAAGACGGCUGUGAGGCUACAAAAAAUAUGACACCAAAAGCCGGACGUGCCAGUUAUGUGAAGCAGGCGGAAUUUUUGACACAAGUCGACGCUGGCGCUUACGCAAUAACCACCUGGAUAACUGCUAUUGUAAAUACAAUUUUAAAUUUUAAAUAAUUUAUUAUUUCUACAUGACUAUUAAUUGUAUAAUGGAAAAAUUUAUACAAAAAUCGUAGUGUUUUGUCAUCUUAAAAAAAAGGUAGAAAUAUUUGUGAAAUUGUUUAUAAAAAGACAA